AUGCCUCUCUCAGCGCGACCAACUAGAUAUAAGAGUGCCGAACGGCAAACUCGUCUAGCUUUUACUCCCGUCUCAUCUUCCUCUCCCGGUUUCAGUCUUGGCAUUGAUAGGGCCGCAACUAUGCGCUAUAAAAGCACAUUCAGCUCCCCCGGUAAGAACGGCUCACUGAAGAAAACGAAGGCACCAACUUCAAAAUCUCUCCAAUCAAGUGAACAGGGAGAUGUGUCGUCAGAUGAAGAAUCUAUUCGCGCCCCGUCCUCCAGUCGUAGACCGCUAGAGCGGCUGAUAAUCGCGGAUAAAGAUGAGGAGGAUAGAGAGGAGUCUGAUGAUAUUAUCUGUUCGUCACCCGUGAAACGGAGGAGACGGGAUGUGAGACCUGAGGUUAGGAAAGAAGACUCAAUUCUGUCCUCCCGUGGUGGGCCGUUAAAACCAUUGGUUAUCAAGGAUGAAUGUGAGGAUGGCGGGGAGGAGUCUGACGAAAUUGUCUGCUCGUCACCAGCGAAACGGAGAAGAUGGAACGUAGAGCCGGAGGUCGCGAAACAAGAGACUCCACGCAACCGUGCUGAACAAGAUAAGCUAGAUCUAGAGGAGGAUCUUGAGGAUCUUCGCGAUUCUGUAACUACAAGGACAAGGACUCGUAGAGGGGUAGUGGACAAGGCUAAGCUGAAGCGACAAACUCAGCUAGAGGUUCUCAGACGCCGAAGGGCAGGUGAAAAAACGGAAGUGGUGUCUGUGAACUCAUCCGGAGAUGAAUCUGAGGCGGCGGAAUCAGAACCAAAUGGAAAUAAAUCUCCUUCAGAAGAGGAAGAAGAGGGACCAUGGUUCAAUCAGAAUGAGGAUAGCGACAUUGAGCCUCCCGUCCCAGAAGACCUUGACAAGUACGAUGAAGAUUUUGUCGACCAAGAUGAUGAGGGAACACUGGGCGCCCCUGACGAGCUCAACGAUAUCCCAUUCGAAUUUACAAGACACCGAUACAAGCGCUUAAGAGAUCAUUUUAAAGACGUUGUUGAGUGGAUGGUGCAUAACAAACUGAACCCCGCAUUCCCGCGUGACGAUGUCGUCUACCGCGUUGCCUUCAGCAAAGUCAAGGACGAAGUCACAGGUCUUGCAGGAUCGCAACUUAUAUCUUCAGCCUGGAACAGAGACUUUAGAAAAUCUCUUGAAGCCAGGCCAGGGAUCUUUGUCUCGGGAUACCCCCUCUCGUUGGGUCAUUCCUGUGACGCCUGUAACAAAACCAACCACCCCGCCUCCUUCGAUAUCAGAUUCGAUGGCAAACCCUACCUCCUGGAAACACUAGAACCCAUUUCUGACGACGAAUCUGACGGAUCGGAUAGCGUCGAGGGCGAUACGGAUGCGGAUGAGGGCGGCGAGCGUCCUGGUUCAGGAAAUAUAGACCGGGAGGGCAACGAGAUCCCGGAUGCCAGCAUCCACUUUUACCUAGGAAGACACUGCAAAACCAAAGCCGUCAUGGCCCACACACUCAUCCACUGGCGCUAUCACCUCAACGAGUGGAUAAUCGACUACCUCCGACGUAAGGGAGUAUUUGCCGACCAUGAGGUCCUGGACCGCGAGCGCUGGAGUCACAAACGACGAACCAAGUACUCCAAUCAGGUGGUGGAUGCGAUGGAAGAAGAUGGGGAGAUCAAUCGGCUCUGGCGCGAUUUUAAUACCAAUUUGAAGGCUGCAAGAGAGGCGAAGGAAUCCCGAUACUGA